AGCUGAUUGCAUUAACGGAUCAGAUUUAACCUGCAGUCAGUUCUUCAAUAUAGAGUUAAGUCUCACACACUUACACAUACACACACACACUCUCACACAGAGUUUAUGCUGUUCCCGGGCAAACGUCAGUGUCACAGGAGUUAGCGGCUAACUGCUGAAGCUAACAGCAGUUUCUGAGAGAAACGAUUGCGGACGAUAUAUUUUUUUUUAAAAACACGAAAUGUCUUCAGACGAAGACAGGGCCAAGGAGAUUCUGAAAGGCUUCAAAUUAAACUGGAUGAACCUUCGAGAUGCAGAGACGGGCAAAGUUCUGUGGCAGGGAACUGAAGACCUCUCUGUACCUGGAGUGGAACAUGAAGCUCGCGUCCCUAAAAAGAUCCUGAAGUGUAAAGCAGUCUCCAGAGAACUGAACUUCUCCUCCUCGGAGAAACUGGAGAAAUUCAGACUGGAGCAGAAGGUUUUCUUCAAAGGACAGUGUCUAGAAGAAUGGUUCUUCGAGUUUGGCUUUGUCAUCCCCAACUCCACCAACACGUGGCAGUCUCUGAUAGAAGCAGCUCCAGAGUCACAGAUGAUGCCGGCCAAUGUUCUAACUGGUAAUGUGAUCAUUGAGACCAAGUUCUACGAUGACGACCUCCACGUCAGCACCUCCAGGGUACGACUCUUCUACGUCUGACCCCUGACGCUACAGCUCCACCUUCCGAAAAAUGCUGACGUCCUGCCAAGGUCUCUGAAUUACCAAGGUUAACUGAAAUUUGCAGCAGUAAUCAGUUCAUAGCUGACUCGGUGAAACCCGGCUGUGGUCCCUCAGUCAGUGACGUGAGCUUUGUGUUUUUGGUUGUUCUCAUGUUUUUGUGUUGACCUGAAAACUUCUUCUAGACCUUGGGAGGAGAGGGACGAGGAGGAGGAGGAGGAAGAGAGAGAGAGAGGACUCUGUUGUUUCAACCCCCCACCCUCCCAUCCCGACUUCCAGAUCAUCCCUCUCUGCAUGACACCAUCCCCAAACU